GAUGUGAGCUAGAAGCCAAAUGGCUUAUUCCUGUGGAGAGUGAGCAGCUCCUGUACAUGCCUAGCAGCAGAACUUUAAACAGCUUGGGAGCUUUAAAAGCCAAGUCCCCAGAUGCAUACAUUAUAACAGACUUCAUGGGCAUCAGGAAUGAAAAUUUUAUGAAGGUAGCUGCAGUUGGGACUUGGAUGGGAGAUUUUGUCACAGCAUGGAUGGUCACUGAUAUGAUGCUUCAGGACAAACCCUACCCAGACUGGGGAAAGUCUGCCAGAGCUUUCUGGAAGAAAGGAAACAUUAGGAUCAUUUUAUUCUGGACGGUUCUGUUUACUCUGACCUCUGUAGUUGUGCUCGUCAUCACUACUGACUGGAUCAGCUGGGACAAGCUGAAUCGUGGAUUUCUGCCAAGUGACGAGGUCUCAAGAGCCUUCUUGGCUUCUUUCAUCUUGGUGUUUGACCUUCUUAUUGUCAUGCAG